AUGCUAGUACCCUCUUAUUACUUUGACUCUGCCCAGAAAACACCUACCCGGCACCAUCUCAGCUCGAGCAUGGCUCCCAUGGCUCCUCCGCCAGCAUUUGACUUGCGUUCUCAGGUUAUUGAAAACUGCAAGUUCUUCAGUCGUCAGGAUGCGGACAUCUCGUUGGUCACGGCACUGGAACCUCUGGGCAAGUUCAAGGUCCUGGUCCUGAGAGCCGAGCAGGGCGAGCGGGAGGUCCUCAUGUCCGAACACGCACCUUCUCUCCAAGAGGCCAUCCACGGCCUUCACGUCAAGUCUGCCGCGGCUGUGCAGAACUACAUAUCUACCAAUGGAUACGUCUUUGCCACCAGCCUCAAGAAGAAGCGGAGCCUCAAGCCCUCGAGUGACGACAGCGAGGACGGAAGCGACAGCGACACUGCCUCUGUUUCUUCGACUGUGACGGUUGACCAGUCCCCUUCCACCACCUACAAGGAGGAGUCCUUCUCAGACAAUGAGACCGUCUCCGUCACCUCGACUGGUCUGCUCAAGAAGUGCGCCAGGGGUAAACCAGCCAGGAUUCCCAACCCAUACACCCAAGCAGCCCCCAAAUCUCAACCCGCCCGCCGCUCUCGCUCCCGUUCCCGGUCCCCCGCCCGAUCUCGCUCCCGCUCAAGGUCAUCUGAUGAAUCCUCCGAAAACGAGCUCGACUCGGACGUGCCAACGGUUGUCCCCCUCGUCAACCGCCGCCCCCCUUUCUUCAACGGCAAUGGGUUCUCCCAACGUGUGCGCUGCGUCCCGCCGCGCGGGUUCCAACCCAUGAUGGCUCCUCCCCCUCCCCCUCCCCCCCCAGGACCACCCAACCCCCAAGCAGGGCCGCCGUUGGGCUGGGUGAUGGGACACCCCCAUUCUUACAUCACACCACCCCCCUCUGCGGUCCCUACCACCAAACCUAACGCCCCUCCCCGCCCCAAUGGUACCAAUUCCACACCUCAUCGACCUAGCGGUCCGCCCCAGCACGACAUCCUCCUGCACAUCCACUGGCGUCACCACGGCGAGCAACGCACCCUCGAGCAAGCCCCCUUCUCCGUUCGUUCGCUCCAGGACACAGCCAUCGCCUACGUCAGACGCUCUCCGGCGUCGUUCUCCAACGUGACAACGGCGGAUAAAUCCCCUGCUCGCCUCUGGCAUUUACGGGCAACGGUUGUCAGCGUCCAGGUUGAUGGGGAGGACUACGAUUUGAGCAACUACCCCGGGGAUGACCUGACACGGUUUAUCUCUGCGUUGGGGCCGAAGGGGGUGGUGAGGUUCGAGGUUGAGGUUGUGUCGAUGGGGGGUGAGGGUAACCAGGGACAACAGCAGGGGCAGGGGCAGGGGGGCAAUUUGCCCGGGAUUAGGGCUGUGAUGGGGGGUGGGAAGAAUGGGAAUGGGAACGGGGGGAUGAAUAUGUGUUCUUGGCCUAUGCCGAUGGGGAUGGGGAUGCCGAUGCCGAUGCCGGGGGGGAUGCCGGUGAUGCAUAUGGGUGCUGCUGCUCCGGCGCCUCCUCCCCCUCCGCCGCCGCCGCCGAGUGCGGGGACUGGGCAGAGGGAGGAGUAGAGUAGGGCUGGGGAUCAUAGGAUGUUAUGAUUGGGGGGAGGGGUGGGCGGAUUGGGGAGUGGUUGUCUAGGGCGGACAGGGCACAGCAGGACGGUAAGGCUACGGCCGAGAUGUGGGCUGCUGCAGGACGGGAGGACAAAUGUCAUGAUAUGCAGGUAAGGAACCGGG